GGUGGGAUUUUGGUAAGAUGGAUUUCUUCAUGCUUAUCACGACUUAUGGGAAGCUAGGAGACUUCAAUGGUGCCGAGAAGGUCUUAGGCUUGAUGAAUAAGAAUGGUUAUGCACCUAAUGUGGUGUCUCAGACUGCACUUAUGGAAGCUUAUGGAAAAGGAGGCAGAUAUAAUAAUGCUGAAGCAAUAUUCCGAAGGAUGCAGAAAUGGGGCCUUGAACCUUCUGCUUUCACAUACCCGAUAAUUCUUAAAACAUUUGUUCAGGGUAACAAGUUUAGGGAAGCUGAAGAAUUGUUUGACAACCUACUGAAUGAUGAAAAUUCACCUUUAAAACCAGACUAGAAGAUGUUUAAUAUGAUGAUUUAUAUGCAUA